AUGAAGAAUUUAAUUCUCAUUUGCUUAUUAGCUAUGGUCUUAACAUAGCAAGUACAACACACAAAUAGAUGUAAUGAUUGUGGAUAAUUAAAAUCACAAAGUGAUUGUGAAACAGAAAUUACUGUCACAGGAGCUUGUGAAUGGGUAGCUGCAGCAGGAACAACAGCAGCAAAAUGUUAAAAAAAGACUACAGUUGAUCCUGUAGCUUCAUUCAAACCUUAUUGUGAACUUGUUGAUAAGCCAGAAACAAAUUGUGCUAAGACAUUAGGAUGUGCUUAUGUCGAUUCAAAAUGUACACAUUUUGCAGGAUGUCCAGCAUAUGUUAAGUCUACAACAACAGAUUGCUAAGCAAUAUCCUACUUCUGUGUCAGUGACGGAAAUGCAUGUAUUGAAGCCAAAGAAUGUAAAGAAUACACUUAACAACAAUGUGAAUCAACACCAAGUAUCUCAGGAAUUCUCAAAUGUAAAUGGGAUACAAACUCUGGAGCAUGUAGAGAUUACUCUUGCUCAGAAGCUGAUACUAGUUUAAAUACUGAUGAUAAAUGUUCAGCUUGGUUGGCUGGUUGUGUGACAAAAGGUUAAGGUUGUGUUAAUUCUCCAAGACCUCUUUGUGCUACUUAUACAGGAGAUGAUGCUGCUUGCUAAUCAUUUAUUGGAUAAGAUGGAAAUUGUGAAUUAGCAGCUGGUACCACAAAUUGUAAAGCUAAGGAAUGUGCAAAUGCUCCAUUAUCUUUAGCUACUGAUGAUGAUUGCAAAGCCUAUCAAAAGGGAUGUAUCACAACAGGAAAAGGUUGUGUUUUAGCAACAACAAAGCCUUUAUGUUCUACAUAUUCAGGAGAUAGCACUACCUGCGUAGGAUAUAUUGGAUCAGAUGGUGUAUGUGAAGGAGAUGCUGGUGGCUCUAAGUGCAGAGCAAGAAAAUGUGAAAAUGGUGCAUUUAAUACUGAUGAACUUUGCAAAUAAUAUCAAGCAAGUUGUAAAACAAAUGGCAAGACCUGUGUUUCAGCAUUAACAGCUUGUAACACAUAUAAAGGUACUGCCACAACUUGUGCUGUAUAUAUUGGUACAGAUGGUUAUUGCAAAGGAACCAGUACAACAACUGAAGCUUCUUGCUUACCAAAAGUUUGUGAUGAAGCUCCAGAUACAACAACAACUGAUGAUGCUUGCAGCAAGUAUUAAGUUGGAUGCGUUACUACAGGAAAAGGAUGUGUUACAAAAACUAAUUUGAAAUCUUGUACUACUUAUGAUGGAGAUGCUACUAGUUGUUAAUCAAGAGUUGGAUCUGAAGGAAAAUGUAUGUGGAAGAGUGGACCUAGGUGUGUAGCUAGAGAUUGUACAAGUGCAGCAUCUAAUGUAAAUACUAAUCCUCUAUGUGCUAAUUAUUUCACUAACUGUGUUACUACUGGAUCAGGAUGCGUUUCAUAAACUACUUGUGAUUUAACAGUCAAAUAAUAAAGUUGUGAAGGUACUAAUAAUUGUUCAUGGUAACCAAUUUGUACUAGUAAUGCCUAAUGCAGUGAAUUUAAGAAAAAAUCAAUUUGUCUAGCCAAUUCUGCUAGAGUCAAAACAUUUGAUAAAAAUGAUGAUAAUGGAAAUCCAUUAUACAUAUAUGUAACAAAAAAAUGUGGUUGGUUGAAUAAUGCUUGUAAGGAAUUGGCCUGUUCAGAUUUGACAGGUGCUUAUUAUAAUACAGAUGCAAAUUGUGCAGCAGAAUUAUCAACAUGUAUUAGUAAUAGAGUUGAUGCAUGCAUAACUAAAAAUGAUUGUGGCAAACUCUUUGGAACAUAAUCAACUUGUUUAAGUUAUCCAGGUUAUUGUACCAAUACAUCAACAGCUACUGAUACUACUGCAUGUGUAUCAAGAAAGUGCACAGAUAAUACAGAUGCAACUGAUAAUGCCACUUGUGCUACAUUCUUGCCUGGAUGUAUUAGUAAUGGAAAAGGUUGUGUAGAUUAUACUACUACUUGCUCAUCAAUGAAAGGAACAUAAGAAACAUGUAAUAAGCUAUUUGCUUAUAAGUCUGGAUCUAGUGAUAACUUUACAACAAAUCAAUGUUAUAACAGCGCAUCAGCAACUGAAAAUGAUUCUUGCUAAGUUAAAACAUGCAAAUUGGCUACAAACUAAACAGAUGGUACAUGUGGGUCAUUUUUAGAAGGAUGUGUCUUUAAUGGAAAUGGAGGAUGUGUUGAUCCAAAAGCUGGUGACACAACUUGUGCAAGUUAUACAGGUGUUUUAGCAUUUUGUGAAGCUGCUAUUGUUGGAAGUAAUAGUGCUAAAUAUUGUUUUGGAACAUCUACUUCAGCCGCAUGCAGUGUUAGAUAAUGUACAGAUAAUACUUCAGCCACAAAGGAUGAUGAAUGUGAAACUUUCAUGUCAGGAUGUAUUGCUAAAUCUGAAGGAGGUUGCAUUGCUAAAUCAGCAAGAACCUGUGCUUAAUAAUCAGGAACAGUUACAUCAUGUCCUACUUUUAGUGGAGGUUUAUUAGUUUCUUCAGCUUGGACCAAGACAUCAUGCACAAAAUAUGAUGCUUGCUAAACUAGAACAUGUGCAGAUAAAGCAAGUCCUUAAUCAGCUUAAGAUUGUACAGAUCACAAAUCAACUUGUAGAUUCUUGAAGACUGGAUCUCCAUGCAUUGAUGCAGCAGCUUGUAGUACUUAUAGUUUACCAGAUACAGCAACAACAGAUUAAUAAAAGUUUGAUUAUUGUACAAACAUCAAAGAUAACAAUGGGUUGUUAUGUGGUUUUACAAAAGGAGCAACUAAGUGUUCAUCUAGAACUUGUGAUCAAUACUUGAGCGAAUACACUACAUCAUCCUGUGUUACUUAUUUACAAAAGAAUGUAUCAACUUCAACAGAUAAUGUCUGUAAAUUAGCUGGAACCAUUUGUUAUUUACCUAUAGCAACUUGUGCAUAUAAUUAUGCUACAACCGAUAAUACUGAUCCACUUAAGUUAACUCAAUGUAAGAAGUUUGUGAAUGAUGAAGGACUUACAUGCACAUUCAAAACAGGUGAUACUAAAUGCAGUUUAUAGGAUACUUGUGAAAAGUUAAUUACCUAAACUGAUGCUAAAACUUGUAAUGAUUAAACUCUAUUUUCAUCUGCAGGAAAAUGUUAAAAAGUAACAGAUUCAACUUGUCUAACAUUAUCAACAGCAUGUACUGACUACAAAAUUGAUUCUAGUUUGGCUACAAAUAAAAAAUAAGAAUUAUGUUGGGGUUUGAAGGCUGUUGAUAAUUUAGCCAAUAUUACUGAGGGAACAGGAGUCUAUACUAAAUGUGUGUAUAAGACAGGCAGUUAAUGUGAUGCCAUAUCUGCUUGCUCAGAUAUUUAUUCAGCCUCAAGCUAAGCUGAAUGCGAGGCUUAUAAAUCGGGAUGCUUAUAUUAUAGUGGUAAGUGUUAUGCUGCAGUUGUUUCUGGUGCUUGUCCAACAUCCUUCCCAACUGGAGUUACAACAGAUAGUUAAAAAUCUCUUUAUUGUAGAAGUAUCAAAGAAGCCUCUGAAUAUUGUAGCUUUGAUAAGGCAAAUAAUAAAUGCAUAUUGGGUACUAAUGGAACUUGUGCUAAUAUAACCAUUCCUACAUCAGGUACUUGGGAUUCUUUGAGUGAUCCAACUGCAGAUGCAUUUAAAUCUGCUUAUUGUUUAGCUCAAUCAUAAAAAGAUAGACUUAAAUUAUGUAAAUAUACAUCUGGAACUUCCACUACAGUUUGUAGUGAUGCAACAUGUGCAGAUAUCACUUCAGCAACUAGUUAAGGGGAUUGUGAUAAUUACAUAUCUGGAUGCAUCUUCUAUAAUAAUAAAUGUUAUGUACCAGGAACAGUAACAGCUGAUGCUGAAUGUGCUAAUAAUACUAAUGCACCUAUGGACUCAGGAUUGACAGCUACAUUAAAGGUAGCAUAUUGUUAAUCUUAUUACAAAUCUGAUAAAACAAUAUAUUGUACAUAUGAUUAAUAUAAUGCAGGAGGUGCUCCAGCUUAAUGUGUUGUUGGUGAGGUAGCUUGUACUUCCUAUACUGCAUUACCAUCCACUAAUGAUACUGAUAAAUCAACAUAUUGUUUAAGCAAAAUUAACAAGACUGGAAAAAGAUGUGCAUUCACAGCUGCUGAUAAUAAGUGCAGAGACUUUGAUUGCUAAGAUAUAUAAAAUGCAACUUCUUAAGUCGAUUGCAAUUUAGGAGCACCAGGAAAGAAAUGUGUUUAUCUUUUAGGAACAUGCUAUAAUAAGGAGGCAGUAUGUACAGCAAUCACUGCUUAGAGUGGAAAUGAGAAGACUUAUUGCGAUAAAGUCUCUGCUGCCACUUCAUGUACUUACAUUUCAGGAACAACAUGUGCUAUUGAACAAGAUUGUCAUCUUUAUAGUGUAACCACAAAUUAAGCCACUGUUUGUGCAACAUUGACAAAUGCAAGUGGAACUAAGUGUACUUAUCUUGGAGGAAAUAAUUGUGUUGAAGUAGGUCUUUGUACUUCUUUUGAUGGAACAGGAGGUGUAGCAGCAAAAGGACCUACAGCUGGUUCAGAGGAUACUGAAUGCAAAGCAGUUAAAUCAACCGACGGUUAUCCAUGCAUUAAAGAUGUUACUUAGAAAUGCAGAGCGUAAGUUUGUACUGAUAAUGAUGCCAGUGCUACAGAUUGUGUUAAUAAUGCUGACGGCUGUCUCUAUUAUUCUAACAAAUGUAUUGCUAAGGAUGCUUGUGGUAGUUAUACACCAUAAGGUGGUGAUGAUGCUGCUAAAUAAACAUGGUGUGAAGGAGUCUAAAAUGAUACAGGAGAUUUUUGUGCUUGGGAUUAAGCAAAUACCAAAUGUAAAGACAGAGCAUGCAGUGAUAAGUCAUUCUAUACAGAUUUUGAUUGCUAAAGUUAUCUUAAAUCCUGCAAGACAGAUGGAACUAAAUGUGUUGCAACAACUACUGCAUGUACUUCAUUUAAUGGUUCAACAGAAUUCUGCAAUUCCUUAUUAGAUACAACAGGAAAAGAUAAAUGCAGACCAAUUGCAACUGCUACUAAUACAUCCUCUGCAUGUACAAAUAAAACAUGUUAUGAUAAUGUUACAGCUACAUCUGAUUCUGAUUGUGAUACUUAUUUAAGUGGAUGUGUCACACGUGGUACAGGAUGUAUUCCAAAUACAGCCUAAUGUGAUUAAUACAGAGGAACUAAAUAACAAUGUGAAUUAUUCAAAAGAUACACUGGAUUAGAUGCUAAUAAGAAUCCAACUUAUGAAUAUUGUUCUGGUGAUGCUGGAAAUACUACCACUAGUAAAUGUAAAGUAAGAACUUGUGCUGAUAACACUACUGCUAUUUCAGAUACUGAAUGUGCUACUUAUUUGAAAGGUUGUAUUACCAAAGGUACUGGAUGUCUAGAUGCAAUAUCAUUAUGUACUGCAUUUAAGGGAGAUUAAGCAACUUGUGCUAAAUUCUUUGGAUCUUCAGGUAGAGAUUAUUGCUGGAAUACUUCAGCUGCAUUGGCUACAGCUAAUUGUGCAAAGAAGAAGUGUAGUGACAUUUCUGGUAAAAACAACAAAGAAUGUAAUGACGGUAUGCCACCAUUUAAAACAACAGAUGAUCCUUUCUGUGUCUUCGAUGGAACUUCAUGUAUUGAUUAUGGAAAGAAUUGUAGUACAUUCAAUGGAACUGAAGAGACAUGCCCAACAUUUUUAGCUAAAGAUGGUCCAUGCAAAGCUACUACAGUUGGAACUAUCAAAGGAGCAUGCGCUAAGAGAGUAUGUACAGAAGCACCAAACAAUCUUACAACUGAUGCUGAUUGCUAGAAAUAUCAUAAAGAUUGUUAUACAACUGGUUAUGGAUGCUCAAGUGUUAAGAAAUGUGAAAACUUGACAUCAUAAGCUUCAUGCAAAUUAAGAGAAGAAUGCACAUGGGCUAACUAAUGUUCAACCUCAAGUACUACAUGUGCUACUUAUAAUAAUACCAAUUAUUCAUAAUGUACCAAUUCUAAAGUAAAUGGUAAGUUCUGUGCUUGGUAAGAAUCAAAUUCAACUUGCAGAGCUUAAGUUUGCGAAGAUCAACCAGCAACUAUUGCUUCUCAUGCUCAAUGCUAAAGCUUUGCUGACAAUUGUACUACAACUGGAGCUGGCUGUAUCACUAUUUAAGCAUGUUCAUCAUACAAGACUCAAUCUGUUUGUAUAGCUGCCUCAACAACUAAAGAUGGAGUAGGUAGAUGUGGUUGGGAUGUAGCAACAAAUAAAUGCAGAGCUAGAGUUUGCGGCGAUAAAAAUGGCUUAACUGAUGAUGAAUGUAACACUUUCCUUUCAGGAUGUAAGACAAAUGGAGCUGGUUGCGUAAGUGGAACUUCAUGUACUGAAUUCUCUAAUAAGCAAUUCUGUCUUAAAUCAAAAACUGGACCAUGCCUUUGGGUUAAUGGUUAAUGUUAUGACUAUGACAGAUGUGAAGAUGCAGUUAAAAAGACACAUUCUGAAUGCUAAGCAUUUUCACCAUUAUGUACAACCAAUGGAGAUACUUGCAUACCUAUUACAUCCUGCGCCAGCACAGCAUUAAAGGCUUCUUGUGUUGUAGGAACUGAUGGAGCUUGUGGAUGGUUACCCACUGGAAAAUGUUAGAAGUUCGGAUAAUGCACAGAUGCUGUUGCUGCUACAAAUGAUGAAUGUGUUUCUUAUGGAUCAACAUGUAUGACUGAUGGAGCAGCAUGUAUUGCUAAAUCAACUUGUGGUAGCUACAAGACAUAAACAGCAUGUAAUAACAAUGGAACUGAUGGUAUUUGUUAUUGGAAUGCCACAGCUAAUACUUGCAAAUUGAAGGAGUGCAGUGAUGAGCAAAAGGGUACAAAUGAUUAAUGCAAACUUAUUUCUGUCACUGGAGGAUCAUGCACAACUGAUGGAACCAGAUGUAUUCCAUUAUCAACAUGCUCAAGCUAUGUUGAAGCUGGAUGUUUCAAUGGAACUGAUGGAGAAUGCAUAUUUGCAUUACCAGUUGGAGCUACUACAGGAACUAAGACAUGCAGAUUAAAAUAAUGUGAAGAUAUUACUGGUGGAACAUCAAAUGCUAACUGUAUGGGAGUAAUCACUGGAAAAUAAUGUGUAUCUAAUGGAACAAGUUGUAUAGCCAAAGCUGCUUGCUCAUCUUAUAAGACUAUUACUUCUUGUAAUGGAGGUGGCUUUGAAAAUAAUAAAUCAACUGUUUGUGCUUUCACUCCAAAUGGAACUGAUAAGGUUAAUGGAACUUGCAAAACAUUUACUGCAUGUGCUGAUGCCACCAAAGAUAAACUUGCUUGCACAACUAAUUCAUCAUGCAAAUGGACUGAAAACUCAACUGGAACAUCUUGUGCUAAUCAUGCAUGUGAUACAUUUGCCACAGGAACUGAUUGUCAACCAAUUCCAAGCUUUGAUGGAACUUCAUCCACUGUUUGUGUUCUCUAAAGUGGAAAAUGUGCUGCUGCUGAUCCAGGAACCAUGACAGAUUCCAAGAUUUGCUACACUAAAUCUGCUUAUACUUAUAGUUGGAAUGCUGCUACCAAUAAAUGUGAAAGUUGUAUUUCAGGAUCUGUCAAUCCAAAUAAUUCAAAUGGAACAAAUAAUUAAACAGAUAAUGGAACAACAACUACCGACAGUGCCUUCAUCUUGUCAGCUAUUUCUUUCGGUAUCUUGGGAUUAAUGGCAUGAUUUU